UUAUUCACAUUCGCAUCGUAUGGUGAAUGUGGUGACUGUGACUGCUCACUCUCUUUCUCUGUGUGCUUAGUUAAAGUUUUCUCUUGAUUUUUCUGGUGUGCAGUGUCUAUACAUAGACAUUUACAUGCAUACAGAUAUAUAGAUGUACGGUUGUACAAAGAAAGAAAGAAAGAAAGAAAGAAAGAAAAAAAUCAAUCAAACGAAGGCGAACGAAAUUCGACAUUCAAAACGCAAAAAGAGAUUGAAUUUCUCAGUGAGGAAAUAUUUUCGUAGUGGCGAAGUGAACACGAUUUGAGAGCACAACAAAAUCAAUUUCAGAAGUUUUUUUUUGUAAUUGUGUGUGAGAACUGAAGAAACCACCAUUUUUUUUAAAAAGACAAACGUGAAGAACAGAAGAAGUUUCUUCGUCGAUGUGAGUUGGUUAAAUAAAUUUCUCAAAAUUGAUUGCGAUACGAAUUUAGAAGCGUCAACUGGAACCUUUUGUGGUUGCCAGCCACCGCACAAAAAACAAAAAUUAUCGCAUCCAUUAUCGUCGCCUUCGUCUUCAACGUCGUUGUUGUCGUCGUCGUCAUCGUCGUCGUCGGCCAUUGUUAGUUCAGUUAGUUCAAUUAUUGCUGGCAAUAACACAAUUAAAGACGAACCAAUUACGGGAAAUUCACAUUUCGACAAUCCGAGUACGAGCAACAGCCACUGCACUGGUAUUUGCAAAAUGCAAGAACAAGGGAAUCUAAACAGCAACGAUGCUGUCAAUAAUUUGGAAUCGAACGGUCAUGUGUUGAAUGGAAAUACGGAAAAUGGGGUAACAACGUUGAAUAACGUUGUUCCUGUCAAUUUAACGAAAACGGAUCAAGAUAUCGUACGACUAAUUGGACAAUACCUGAAAAUCGUUGGCUUGGGAAAAACUGCCGAUCAUCUCAUUGAGGAAUCUGGCUGUGUUUUGGAACAUGCAUCUGCCACGAAAUUCCGACAAUAUGUUAUGCAUGGAGAUUGGAUCAAAGCUGAUCACUAUCUUCAAGAAGUGCAACAACUUAUUGAGCGAAAACACAAUAAUAUCGUUGAAAUGAAAUUUUUACUGUUGGAACAAAAGUAUUUGGAAUAUUUGGAAGAAGGACGAGUUUUGGAAGCACUGCAUGUACUAAGAAAUGAAUUAACUCCACUGCAAUACAAUACUCCACGUGUACAUCAACUUUCUUCUUUGAUGAUGUGCGCAAAUAGUGAGGAGCUGAUUCGCAGAUCGAAUUGGGAAGGAAAGGGUGAUGUCUCACGCACACGAUUGAUUGAUCGUCUUCAAUCAUUUUUACCACCGAAUGUAAUGCUGCCACCACGUCGCCUGCGUAGUUUGUUGAAACAGGCCGUUCAGUUUCAGGCUGAAAAAUGUUCAGGCCAUGAUGUUUGUUGGAGAACCGAUUUAGAUAAUGUUUCUUUGCUUACCGAUCAUGACUGUGGAAUGGAUAGUUUUCCAGUGCAAACAGUUCAGGUAUUGAAUGAUCAUUGUGACGAAGUAUGGUUUGUGAAAUUCUCACCGGAUGGCCUGAAAUUGGCAAGCGGAUCAAAAGAUACGUCAGUCAUAAUAUGGGAUGUUGAUCCACAAAAAAAUCAAGUAAAAAUGCGUCGAAACCUUGAAGGCCAUACAUAUGGAAUAUCAUUUUUGCAAUGGAGCCCCGAUUCAAAACAUCUAUUGGUCGGUGGCCCCGAAGAAUGUCCAAACAUUUGGAUUUGGAACCUUGAUGAAGAAAAAGUUCCUAUUACCAUGUCACAUUCAAGCGAAGACAGUCUCACAUGUGGCUCAUUCAGUCCAGAUGGUCAACGCUUUGUAACGGGCGGAACGCGUGGACAAUUUUAUUUAUGUGAUUUAAAUGGAACAGUACUUGACAGUUGGGAUGGUGUCCGUGUGACUGGUUUAGCAUUUCGUAGCGACAAUAAAACGAUUUUAGCAUCCGAUACUCUUAAUCGAAUACGACUCUAUGCCAUCGAUAAUCCACGUUUGGAUUGUACACUAGUUCAGGAGCAAUUUUCGAUAAUGACAUUUGUUGUCAAUUCAAGUGACCGUUUAGCUUUAUUGAAUUGUUCGCAACAAGGUUUGCAUCUGUGGGAUUUGGAAGACAAAUGUUUGGUACGACAGUUUCAAGGUACAACACAAGGAACUUACACAAUUUUCUCAUGUUUUGGUGGCAUUAAUGAAAGCUUUAUUGCAAGUGGAAGUGAAGAUCACAAGGUAUAUAUUUGGCACAUAAAACGUGAAGAACCGUUAGCCAAAUUAACCGGUCACACACGAACAGUGAAUUGUGUAUCAUGGAAUCCAGUCUAUCCGUCAAUGUUGGCAUCUGCAUCGGACGAUGCAACCGUACGCAUUUGGGCACCUCGGCCAUUCGAUAGCAAUACAAGCAACAACGAAAUCGAUGAAACGUCCUCAUGCUCAUCAUCGUCAUGGAAUAUGACAUAAAUUUUGGAUCGUACAUCGAGAUCAUAAUCAUAAUAUUAAUAUUAUUAUAAAACAGCGACACGAACGGCAAUCUUAAUCAAUCAAACGCGAAAACAAAGAACACAACAAACAAUUUAACGACGAUUUUUGCUCAAAGACUGACAACCAUAAACAGCUACCAACAGAAUGUGUUCAAGCCAACAAACAAACAACAACAAAAACAACACAAAAUAUGAAACAAACUAUACUUAUGUUAUAAAAUGUGAGUUAAGCAAAAUAACGGAAUGAAUUAAUAAUGUAUAAUUUACGUAUAUUGUAAAGAGCAUAGGAAACACAUAUAAAACACACAAAACACUAGCCAAAAUGCUAUUAUUGUACAUUUACACAUGCAUAAAUACUCGGAAAUGGUAUAGAUCGCGCAACAAAUUUUCGAUAAAAACAAAAAACACCUCAUUUUACAUUGUGUAAAUUAACAAAUUCAAAAAAAAUUCAAAUGAAACUAACGAGAAUGAAUAAUUUCUAACAAAUGAUACGACAACAACAACAAAAAAAAAAAAACAAGAAACAAUUGACAGGAAUGCUUAGUGGACAAAUAUGUUGGACAAAAGAAUGAUUUGAUUGAUGAAAACGAAUCAAAAGUGAUUCGUUAAUAUAUACAAAUUUAGAGUGUGUACUUUAAUUGUAGGAUUGAAAUGAUGAUUUCACAGAAUAAUAUUAUACAAAUAUAUUUAGUGCAAGAGAAAGAGAGAUACAGUUUAGGGUUUAAGGUAGAAAGUAAUUUCACCAAAAAUGGUCACGGUUGCUUAUUUAUCCUAUCCAUUCAUCUAUAUUUUGUUCUUCACAUUACUUUCUCUUUUAUUUUGCAAUAGAUUCUUCUCUCAUUGAACAUAAACUGAAGCUCAGAAGCUAACUGUAUCUGUGUAUACACUUGUAAUUUUGUGGGUUGAAAGAAAUAUUAUAAAAAAUGAAUUUAUUUGAUGGAAAAUUGAAUAACAUUAUCGAAUAUAUGGGCAAAUUUCAAUUUGAUUUUGCAAUAAAAUUAUUCAUUUAUUUAUAUAUUUUAAAACCUUCCAGAAAAAGAAACUGGUCGCAAGAGGAGAAUGCGGUUUUUUAUAUUUUCGAAAAUAAAAGAAUUUGUCACCGUU